CUGGAAGGGGGAGAGAGAGCCACAGACGCCAUCCGUCGUCGCUGAAGCCCUUCACAACAAGAGCUCUUGAAGUCAAAACCAACAGAAGCCACCGCCCGAGUCCGUGGAGCUACGUUGGUGCAUGGGUCCCUUGAUGAUUGCCAAUUUGGUUUUGCGUCGUCGGUCAUCGUCCUCUACGUUCGCGCCGGUUGCCUUAAUGCGCCACCUCCCUCGGCCUUACGACCUUCUAGAUAGCAAAAGAAAAAUCGCGUGCGGCACAAGCUAUAUCCACGGCGUUCCUUACCUGUCCCAUAUGCGACUAUAUCAUAAAUCAGUCCCUUCCUCCUCGAUAGUCAAUCCAUUAAUUCCCAAGUAGCGGUGUUUGACAGGAGUAAGAGAGAGAGACCCAAUUACCAUGACGGAACUCGCUUCGCCCCGCUCCGCCGUUCAUCGCGACUCCCUUCACCGACAACCGCCUGGACCUCAAUUCGACGACGACAAUGAUUCCGAGUUCUCCUUCGCGGUAGGCGACCCCGACGGAACGCCCUCAGUCACUGCCGACGAUAUCUUCUCCGAUGGCCACAUCCUCCCAAUAUACCCCCACUUUGGCCGCGGCCUCCUCCUCUCCACUUCCCUCUCGAAGGAAAACCACGAAGCGGCAGGGCCGGAUCCGCAAGGGAUCCCCAUCAGAAAGCUUCUCAUCGAGGAGCCGAGCUCUCGAUGGGGAUCGAUAUCGUCGUCGUCGUCGUUGGAGGCGGAGGACCUGGAGUCGUCCGCGGCGCGGGAUCACUGCCCGUGGAUACCGAGGUCGGCACCGCAGUCGCCGGACCGGUGCAGGAAGAGCGCCUCCACCGGGACGGAGCGACGGUGGAGGUUGCGGGACCUGCUCUCCGGGCGGAGCCACAGUGACGGCAAGGACAAGUUCCUGUUUCUCGAUGCGCCUCCUACGCCGCAGCAACCAUUGGCGAGGGGAAAGAGCCCGAGGCUUAGGACGGCGGCCGCGAAGGGCGGGAAGCCGCGGGCAGCGGUGGAUACGGUCACUGCAAACCGGACGCACUACGGGAAGAAGGUUGGGAACGGCCAGGCAGUGACGGCACCGCGGCGGUCGUUUUUACCAUACCGACAAGAACUGCUUGGAUUAUUCACUACCCGGACGCGUCACCCCUUCUAGAUUCUCAUCUGAUAAAUAACUCAUUUUUUGUACAAUUAUUAAGCUUUUUUAAUUAACAAAUCAAAUAAUUAUCCAUUUCUUGUUAUUAAAUUAUAUUUUAUGUUACGUAUAAAAUUAACAUCGAAAAGAAUGUGUCAU